AUGGUUUCAUCAUCAACUAAGUGGUUAAGCAGCCUUGUGUGCUUUCGUCGGAGACUGAAGCCAGAGGUCCUCGAUGGUGAGCACAGCAGCCAUAGAUUCGGUACGGACCACAAGGAGCCCGUUGAGUCAUCACAUUCGAUCAGCACAACGUUACAGCAGUCUGCCAGGACGAGUCGAGAAUCUGUUGCGGGAAAAAAGCGUCAUGAUUUUAGCCCGCAGAAAGAGCCUGCUGUGGUUGAGCGGACGGUGAGUGACGAUACGCUGGCAACAGUGUCGGUGGAGAAGGGAUCGAGCCUCAACCAAUCUCUAUUAGUGGUCGCCGAACGACAGUAUAAGCUCGUCGACGACUGCGCAUACCCAACAUUAGCAAAUGAACGAGAAGUCAUUAUACGGCCAAUGGCUGUGGGACUCAAUCCGAUUGACUGGAUGUCAGUCGACUACAACUUCUGUCUACCGAGCUUUCCUUGGAUCACCGGCCGUGAAUGUGCGGGCGUUGUGGAUCAUACUGGUAGCGAGGUCACGAAUGUCAAAGUCGGUGACCAAGUCUGGACAAGCACCUACUAUCGCGAUAGACGAGCGGGCUGUUUUCAGCAAUUUGUCACAGUUCCGGAACAUACCGUGCUCCCAAUGCCAGCCAAUCUCAACUUCGACCAGGCUUCUACAUUGGGAGUCGCAGGGUUGACGGCUGCCAUGACGCUGUGGAAGUGGCUGGAGGUUACCAUGCCAUCUGUUUCGUGUACGGCGGGAUCGUCACCGCCGGCACAAGCUACGCCAUCAAGAUCAGACGAGUAUCUGCUGAUCUGGGGCGGUGCCACCAUGACCGGCCAGUUCGCCACGCAGAUAGCUCGUCUGAGUGGCUUGAAGACAAUUUGUGUCGCUUCAGAAACGUCGAAGUCAUUAUGUACGUCACUUGGCGCGACUCACGUUAUCACACGCGAUGGGAAAUCCCCCGAGAUGCUCCUUGAGGAAGUCCAAGCCAUUGCAGCAGACAACAUCACUUGUGCGAUCGACCUUGUCGGAGCAGAGACAGCAAGCUACUGCUUAAGAGCUGUCUCGACACAAAGACCGGUCCUCUUUGCACCCCUGGCAAUGAUGAAGAACGAUAUGGCUAUUGCAAGGAACGUCCGGAUAGAGACUGUGGAGAUGAAAAGAUUCGUUCUGGACGAAGACAACGCCUUCUACGCUGAAAGACUAAAUUCCUUGAUCGAGGCGGGAGCCGUGAAGACUCCUGAGCUGGAUGUCAUGGAGGGCGGGCUGGCGGUAGUAGAAGAAGGACUUGCAAGGAUUAAGGCCGGGAAUAGGAACGGCAGGAAGGUAGUAGUACGGAUGUCCUGA